AUGACAAAUGCGUUUAAUGACAACAGACACGCCCUGAUAUAUACUGCUGGAGUCGUUCUGACUGCACUCGGAUUGGGAUUUGGAUAUAUAUUUUUGAAAAAAACAAAAAAGCUUACUCGUGUAGGAGUAGUGUCGCAACUUGUUAUCUACCCAAUUAAAUCUGGGAAAGGAGUAAGUGUGAACACAGCUGAAUGUCUAGAAAUGGGUUUGAAAUGCGGCCAACUAAAGGACCGACAAUGGCUUGUGAUCACCGAAGACGGGAAACAGGUGACGGGCCGACAAGAACCGCGCCUGGUGCUGGUGACAAUGACGAGUGAGGGGGAACAUCUGUAUCUCAACGGGCCCUCCAUGGAGGAACUGAGGAUCCCUCUCAAUCAAAAAGGCAACCCUGUCUUCAACUGCAGGGUGUUUAGUGAUGACAUUCAGGGCAGAGACUGUGGCGACCAGGCCUCUCUCUGGCUCACCCGCUACCUGGACUCUGGCAAGACUUUCCGCCUUGUGCAAUACGAGUCACAAAUGACCCCCAGGAGGCCAGUGAAGAAGGUGCCCCUCUUCCCUGCCAGUGAGAAGGUGAUGUUCUCGGACAUUGCUGCGGUCAUGCUCCUGUCCGAGGCCUCGGUGGCUGACCUGAACACAAGACUGGAACGUGACGUCACUGCAGUCCAGUUCAGACCUAAUAUUGUUGUGAGCGACUGUGGUGCCUUUGCUGAGGACUCCUGGGACCAAAUCCAGAUUGGCAAUGUGCAGCUCCAACGAGUCAUGUCCUGUGGCAGGUGUAUUUUCACGACUGUCGAUCCUGAUACAGGCAUUAUAGACAGGAAACAACCUCUGGAGACUCUCAAGAGUUACCGUCUGUGCAACCCAUCAGAGAAGAAAAUCUAUAAGACCUCCCCGCUGUUUGGACAGUACUUCUGUGUCAAGAGAAGGGGAUAUUUUCAGGUUGGAGAUCCUGUGUACAUAAUGAGCUGAGCUGCACCAUAACCAGGAACCAGGAAAUUGGCUUCAGUAGUAACAAGGAAAAAAAGCAGGGUGAUAUCUGGUGAAAUUACUAAAGAGAACAACUGUGUGGCAG